UAUUGCAAACUUUAGGACAACGCCAGUUCAUUCCCGUGAUUCGCUCUCAGGAGCAGGACAGGCCUUCCAAAUCCAUGUCAGCAUCUGCGAAGCUCACAUCGCUCUGGAAGCAGAAGAGCAAGGCUGAACUGAGGUCAUCUAAACUGGACUUAAAAACAUCACUGGAUGAAUGUGUGGUGGCUCUGGACUUGUUUCUAAGCAACAAAUUUGAAGAUGCUUUGGAUAAGCUCCAUUCAAAAGCCAAGGACAGCAUGUAUCACUCCUUGACAUAUGCCACGAUAUUGGAAAUGCAAGCCAUGAUGACCUUUGAACCUGAGGAUAUUAUUAAUGCUGGGAAUACAAUGAAAGAUGCCCAAGCCGUCUGUCAAAAGUUUAGGAAAAAAAACACUGUGGCAGACUCAAUCAACAACUUGAUGAACAGGCAAUCUGCAGAGCAUUUCACUGAAGAGGAAAUGCACGCCGAAGUCUGCUAUGCUGAGUGUUUAUUACAGAGGGCUGCUUUGACUUUCCUACAGGAUGAGAACAUGAUUAGCUUCAUCAAAGGUGGCAUCAAAGUAAGAAAUAGUUACCAGACGUACAAGGAACUUCUUAAUAUUGUGCAGUCAUCUAGUUACACCAAAGGAGAAAACUACAGUCAUUUGGAAGGAGGUGUUCAACUUGGAAUUGGAGCUUUCAAUCUAACGUUAUCUCUAUUGCCAACAAGGAUUCUCCGACUUUUAAAAUUUGUUGGAUUUUCUGGAAAUAAGGAAUUUGGUCUGGAACAACUGCAGGAAGGAGCAUCCACUGAAAACUUUCGGGCUCUUCUUUGUACCAUGUUGCUUCUGUGUUAUCACACAUUCAUGAGUUUUGUACUGGGCACCGGUGAAGGCGAUGUUGAUGAUGCAGAACGUUUACUGUUACCUUUUCUUAAACGGUAUCCAAAGGGUGCUAUCUUCCUGUUCUUUGCAGGUAGAAUUGAAGAAAUCAGAGGCAAUAUUGACAUAGCUAUUUCACGCUUUGAGGAGUGUUGUGAGGCCCAGCAACACUGGAAGCAGUUUCAUCACAUGUGCUACUGGGAGCUGAUGUGGUGUUUUACUUUCAAGCGCCAGUGGAAAAUGGCCUAUUUCUAUGCUGAUCUACUGAGUAAAGAAAAUUCGUGGUCUAAGUCUACAUACAUGUACAUGAAAGCAGCCUAUCUCAGCAUGUUUGCGGAAGGUGACUACAAGCCAUUUGGAGAUGAUGAAAUUGAGCUAUUCAGGAAAGUGCCAAACAUGAAACAGAAAAUUGCUGGAAAGUCUCUGCCGACAGAGAAGUUUGCAAUCAGAAAAGCACGACGCUAUCUUUCACAGAAUCCUGUAAAACUCGCAGUACCUGCCUUGGAAAUGAUGUACAUUUGGAAUGGCUAUACAGUAAUCGGUAAACAUCAAGAUCUGACAGAAGGCAUGCUUGAGACACUCAACAGUGCUGAGAGGGGACUUGAUUGUGCGCCAGUAAAUGAGUACCUUAUGGAUGAUAAGUGUCUGGUGAAGCUGCUUAAAGGUCUUUGUCUGAAACACUUAGACAAACUCUCGGAAGCAGAAGAGUACUUCAGCUGGAUUCAUACGAACCAGCACAUGAUCAGGUAUGACCAUUACCUGAUUCCAAAUGCCUUACUGGAGCACGGUCUUCUUUGCAUGCAAGAAGGCAGGAAUGAUGAGGCAGUCAAAUUUCUGGAAAGUGCAAAGCAAGAUUACAACAAUUACUCAAUGGAGUCAAGAACACAUUUUCGAAUCCAAGCUGCUCUUCUCAAGUUGAAAUCACACACACAAAAUGGGAAGAAAUCAUUACUGCCUUCUUUAUAAAAGAUGCUUAAAUUAUCCUGGCAAAACACCUAUGAAAUCCACAUUGAUUUUUUCCCCCUUGCUCUGAAGAAUGGUACAUUUGCAUUUACUGGUAAUCUUUGUGAACUUCUUUUGUGAUUGAGAACAACUUCAACUGGGUUCUCAGGAAUUAUAAACACAACUGGUUUACUUUGGUUCAGGGAGUAAAUUACUGGUUUAGUAAUUUACGGUAAUGUUAUUUCUAAAUAAGUGUCUUUGUAAAAAUGUAAAUACAUUAUUUCACAUGCAAAUAGAUUUCAGUUAUUAAAAUGCAUUACCACAUAGCACUCAUUGACCUCCAAAAGAUACCCAAGAAUAUAAAGAUGUAAACUGCUUGCAUUUCAAUAGAGCAAAUAACACACUUUUCAUUACCUUUUUAUUAUCAGUUGCAGUGUCCAAUGUGCUUAUAUCCUGUUUCAGCUAGUAAGGUGUCUUUAGUGAGUGGUUUGCAUCUAUUAAAAUCAAUUAUCUGAUGUGUCAGUUCAUGUUGAAGGUGUUUGAAAAAUAUUGUGAAGAAAGUGAUUGACGCAUGUGUGAACAGUGGCAACUUUUGAUUUUAUUGUUAAAUUUGUUGCUUAUGGAAGGUUUUACAUGCGAUGAUGUCAGAUGAAGAAUUUAUUGCAGGAAGACUAGGCUUGCUAUUCCCUUCGCCAGCAGACAAAUCACAUUAGGAACAACACUCCCAUUAAAUGGUGGGGCCCAAGUUCAAAAAAGCUUCUACAUUCAACAACUUGCCAUAUGCAUUAGGAGGUCAAUAGCAAUGAUGAAAAAACUGAACAGUUUCAUCAGGUAUUUUAUAGUCAGACUUACUUUCUUUCAAACUAUGGGAGGUUUUAAAAAAAACUCAAUCUGUGGUUGUUUUGCAUCAUUCUGGGAAUAAAAGUUGGUUAUCAGAAUGUUACUUUAACCCUCUAUUUCCUAGUUUAAAAUAUUUAUAUGCAAACUCAUUUCCAGUACCAUUGUCUGACUUGCUAUUGAUAUAAACAUACUGUAGUGACUCCCUUCCAGAGAAAUAUGGAAAAACUUUCAUAUGUCCAUCUUGAAAUGCAAACUUUCCAACCUGUAAUAAUUAUUUCUUGAAAGAGGCAAAUAGUUUAUGGAUAAACAUGGAAAAUACUCAAGAUUUUUCUCAGAAUAUCAGUUCACCCCACCCCCCACAAAAUACUUAAUAUCCUUCUAUAAUUGAUUUAGCUGCUAGCUAAUGCAAAAGUUUCAUUUCCAGGCAGUGGUAGCCAACUCUGAUUGAAUUUAGUAUUAGAGCAUUGCAUUAUAAGACAUUCAACCCAAUACUCCACUUAAAUUACCUUUCUUUAAUUUAAUUGUUAUAAGAAUAUGAAGUAUAAAAUGCUUGAGGAGAACAAAACUAUUUCCAGCAAGAUUUUUCACCUGGCUGGAGACUUGGCUUCAAAUUCAGGAAACUCUAGGAUAAGUGUUACACUAUAAAAUAUAAAUUUGAGAAUCCCAAGGAGCUUUUGAUUUCCGUUUGAUUUGGCAGCCAUAUUGCACAUUAUUCUCUUCAACACUUAAGGCAAACAAAGCCUUUGUUUGUUUAGAAGUAUCUUUAUGUAAAUGGUUCAUGCAUUCAGCAUCUUUGAAAGGGCAACAGAAAGACAACCAUCCAUUUACUGCUAACUGAAAUAAUGGAAAUUGAAGGAUACCAAACACUUUGCUUUUAAAAGAGGCAGAUUUAAAAAUUCUGCACUGAACAUGUAUCUCUUUAUUAUAUUUAUUAUAAUACAAUGCAUUGAUUGCACAUAAAUAUUGGAAAAGUUAAUCUACAAUCUGAAAUGUCAAUUCUUAAAGUGCAGCAUGGGAUUGGAUCAAUAAUUGUAGAAUUUGUAAAUGAAAUAUUAGUUUUGACAGUUGAUUGUGUUCUGCUGGAUUCAGGACAAGAAAUACUGUUUCAUAUUGUUAAACAUUAAAAAUUUAAAUUUACCUUUGUCCUUGUUUAUAUUUACUAAGUUAACCAUAAUUACAGUUUACAUGUAAAUUGCUAAUACAGUAACCUGGAUUUAUUUAGCUUCUUUAAAAUAUUAAAUGUUUAGAAAUGUUUCCCAUGAGCAACAUCUUAAUAUUAACUCAGCAAGGGGAUAUUAUAAGGAGUCUCAACAAAGCAAAAUUUGAAAGUUUCUGGCGUUUGAAUACAGAGAAGUCGAGAAAUACAGGGAAGUAAUUCAGAGUUACAAUCCAGCGCAGAUGCCAAUGAUGGGGCAGAGUGUGAAGGAUGCAAAAUCACAGAACAUAGAAGAGUACAGCACAGGAACAGGCUAUUCAGCCCAAUGUAUGCUGAAACAGCUAAAAAGCAAAUCAAAAACAUCCAAACACUAAUCCCUUCCACCUACACAAUAUCCAUAUCCCUCCAUCUUCCUUACAUCCAAGUGCCGAUUCAAACAUCAUGUAAAAGCCCCUGCAGCACACAUGAAAUGCUGGGAGGAACACAGCAGGCCGGGCAGUAUCUAUAGAAAACAGUAAACAGUCAACAUCUUGGGUGAAGAUGUUGACUGGUUACUCUUUUCCCACAGCUGGCUGGCUGAGUUCCUCCAGCACUCUGUGUGUGUGUGUGUGUGUGUGUGUGUGUGUGUGUGUGUGUGUGUGUGUGUGUGUGUGUGUGUGUGUGUGUGUGUGUGUGUGUG